AUGGCGAAUCGAGCACCGACUCUGGACCCCAACGUGUUUUCUAUCAGUGACCUCAAAGCGAUCGGUAGCAGAAGAUUGCCCGACCGAUAUCGCGACUUCUACAAUGAGGGCGCAAUGGAUAUGAUCACCCUCCGGGACAACGAAGAAGCCUUCAAUAGGUACAGAAUUCGGCCCCGAGUCCUGCGAAAUGUCUCAAGCAUCGAUACAUCCUGCGAGAUCUUCGGACAGAGGGUUGCUCUCCCACUCGGAUUCAGCCCAACGGCAAUGCAGCGACUAGCACAUCCAGACGGGGAGUUGGCGACAUCUCGCGCCGCCGCUAAUUUGGGCCUAUCAAUGUGUCUGUCCUCUUAUGCGACAACCUCCCUGGAACACGUUAUAAAACAAGGCAAUCAGAACCCUUAUAUGAUGCAGAUGUGCAUAGUGAAAGAUCGUAGCAUCACGUUGCAACUGUUGAAACGCGCAGAAGCCGCAGGAUACCGCGCUAUAUUCGUUUCGGUCGAUGUCCCAGUCCUCGGCCGGCGCCUUAAUGAGAUGCGCAACGAUUUCUCUCUGCCAGAGGAUUUAACUUUCCCCAACAUUCUCUCGACUGGGAAUGAGGAAUUCGCUACCUCAGCAGAGACGAAAGAGCAUGGACCGAUGGCUUGUACAGACGACGCAUUGGAGUGGGAAGAGAUCAUUCCUUGGCUCAAACAGCACACCACUAUGCAGAUCUGGUUGAAAGGUGUGACAAGCCCAGCUGACGUCGAAAUGGCAAUACGAUACGGCGUCGAUGGUGUCAUCAUCUCCAACCAUGGCGGUCGUCAACUCGAUGGCAUGCCUGCGACAGUCGAUGCACUUCAAGAGUGCGCUCCUGUUGCGCGUGGCCGAAUUCAGAUCGCUGUAGACGGUGGUAUUCGUCGCGGCUCUGAUAUCUUCAAAGCCCUUGCUCUAGGGGCGCAACAUUGCUUUCUUGGUCGCAUCGUUAUCUGGGGACUUGCUUACAAAGGUCAAGAAGGUGUCGAGUUGGCGGUCAAAAUAUUGCUUGGUGAACUUCGCGCCACAAUGGCAUUAGCAGGGUGUCGAAAGAUCAGCGACAUAACCCGUGAUCAUCUCAGCGUGUUUGGUCAGAAUGGGCUGCUUUCCAAGCUAUAA